AUGGAUUCAAACUUUAUAGAAAGGGUACAAAACAUAACUCUGAUUGAGGAAGAAGGGGAGGUGAUUAAGGUAGGAGUAAUGCACAGAGACAAAAUUCUUGAAGAAUUUUCACUCAGUCUACUUGGACAUUUUCUCACAACAUGUUCUUACAACCAAAGUGCUACCAAAUCAUUGAUUAGGUCUAUAUGGAAGAUGGGUUCUAAUCCAAGGAUUGUGGAUGUGGGAGAUGGACUAUUCCAAUUCAAGUUUACUUUAGAAAGUAAGCUUAAAUGGGUCCUCAACAUUGGCUUGUGGAGUUUUGAAAAUCACUCACUGGUCCUUCGGAGAUGGGAGAGGGGUAUGAUGGCUAGGAUGGUUACCUUUAACUCUAUUCCUUUAUGGGUUCAGGUGGGCUUACCAUUUGACUUAAUAUCUGAGGAGGCUAGUAAGGACAUCAGUGGUGGACUGGGGAAUGUAGUGGAGAUCGAUAACAAGGUUUUCUCGUUUGAAUAA